AUGUCUCAAUCUGAACACAUGUUUACUUUCUGCAAUCCUUUGUCCAACUUCACACAAACAAGUCCAUACGAAACAAACCGCGACAACUUACUCUCUUCUCUCCGCGCCAGUUCCUCUCUCGGAACCUAUUCCAACGACACAAUCGGUCUUAGCCCCGACACAGUCUUUGGCAUGUUCCUAUGCAGAGGAGACAUCAACGCAACAUCUUGCUCAGACUGCGUUCAGACCGCAACAACCGAGAUCGUUACAAACUGUACUCUCAACAGCAGAGCGGUCAUAUACUACGAAGAGUGUAUGGUACGUUACUCCAACGUUUCCUUCUUCUCUGAAUUGGAGAUCAGACCAAGCAUCGUUCUUUACAUUGAUCGUCCUGUUCCAAACCCUAAACGAUUCAAUCAAACUCUGUCUGAUAAACUCAGCCGACUGAUUGUCAACGUAUCUUCUUCCUCUUCGAUUCCGUAUUUCUUGGAGGAUCAAGAACGUGUGACACAAGCAGAGGGUUCUUAUGAUUUAGAGUCAAUGGUUCAGUGUAGUCCUGAUCUUGAUCAGUUUAACUGUACCGUUUGCCUCACUGCCGCGUUCUUAAGAGCUUCAACUUGUUGCGGUUUGCCAAGUUUCGCUCAGAUCUUUACUCCUAAAUGUCUUCUGAGGUAUACAGUCUCUGGUUUGCCAUUGACUCCAAUGUCUCCAUCGUCUCCGCCUCCUCUAUCUUCGCCGUCUCCUCCACCUUUAUCUCGGCCGCCUGUCUCGGCACCGCCUCCUUUUCUAUCCGAGACGCCGCCUUCGCCGCCGCUGCUUUUCACACGGCCACCGAAUCCUAGCGGGUCGUUUUCUUUUAGCGUUAUAAAAGGAAAUGAAAUCUUUGGGAGAAUUGUUGUUACGAUGACGGCUUUGGUGUUUGCACUUGUGAAUCUGUGA